AUGCGGCCCCGCCGCCCUCUGCUGCAGCCCCGCCGCUCUCACCUGAGGCCCCGCCGCUUUCACCUGCGGCCCCGCCCCUCUCGUUGGCGGCCCCGCCGCUCUCAUCUGCGGCCUCGUCACCUGCUGCAGCGCCGCCCGCCACCCGGGCUUCCCGACCCGCCCUACCCAGCCGAGCAGCCGACCACUGCGCCGCCCUGCAGCAGCACCGUCGAGCCGCCUGGGCAACCGAGCAGCCGGACAGCCGGCCGCCGAGCCGCCGAGCAGCCCUGCAGCCGAGCCGCCCAGAACCCGAGCCGCCCUGCAGCUGAUCCGCCUAGCAGCCGAGCCGCCGUACAGUCCAGCCGCUGGACCGCCGAGCUGCACUGCAGCCGAGCCGCCCAGCAGCCCAGUAGCCGAGCCGCCGAUCUGCCGAGCCGCCUUACUGCCGAGCGGCCCUACUGCCCAGCCGCCCGAGCUGCUCUGUCCGCCGUUAACUUUGACGUCUGGGUUGAUGACCUGCAGCUGUUCUUACAGUGCGAUAGGGCAGACGGUCUCUCUCUCUUUGACCUCACCUCUGGCGCCUCUCCUUCCCCUGCUGCUGAUGGUGACGCCACUGUUCGCUCCCAGUGGGCCACGCGCGACGCUGCUGCACGUCUUGCUGUGCGUCGCCACCUCCCUACCUCCGAGCGUGCGCACUUUAGUCAGUACAAGAGUGCUCAGACCUUGUACGACGCUGUAGUUGCACGCUACUCCUCCCCUGCCACUGCUGCACUGAGCCUCACUCGCCUCCCUGACUCCCUUCGCGUAGUCAGGGACCACUUCCUCACAGUCUCUCCCACCACUCUCACUGUUGACCUCCUCGAGAAGUCCCUUCUAGCGGCCGAGAAGAGCAUAGUCGCUGUAGGGGCCUCUAGUGGUGACUCGCGCACCCCCAUCUUUGUGGGGUGCUCCCCCUCCCCCCUUCUGCCCUCUGUUGCCUCUGCUGCUACGGCCGACCUCCUUGGUCUUGAGUCGGUCGAUGCGGCGUCCGCCCCUAGCGGGAGACGCCGCUCUGGCAAGGGCAAGGGGGCCAUAGGCGUUGGAGGAGCGAGCGGGAGCGGUGGAGGUGGAGGCGGCGGGGGGAGUGGGGGUGGCGGUGGGAGUGGAGGUGGGGGAGGAGGUGUCGGUGGCGGCAGCGGAGGCGGCAGCGGCGGUGGUGGUGGGAGCGGGGGUGGCGGAGGUGGUGGCGGUGGAGGCGGCAGCGGAGGUGGCAGUGGUAGCGGAGGCGGCGGAGGCGGCGGGGGUGGCGGUGGAGCUGGUCGCGGGUCUACACAGAGGAGUGGUUCCGGUGGUGGCCAGCGCCAGCAGCAGCAGCGCGGUCAUGAGACCUUGUCCCCUCAGCAGCUCUGUGAGUGGUACACUACACGCCAGCGGGGUGGGGGUUUUGGUCCGUGUACCUACGUCCUGCGCACCGGCGACCGUGCGGUCGCUAUCUAUGAUCUUGAUUUUGAUGCUAUUAUUUCUGCCAUGUAUGCUGUGUCUAUUAGUGAUGAGGGUGACUGUUACCGGUGUUUCUCGCCCGAUCCUGGCCUUGGGACUGCUGCUCUAGGUACUGGUGAGGCUGCUGCCCUAGGUGCUUGUGACGCUGCUGCUCUAGGUGCUAGUGCGUCUGCGUCCUCAGGUACUGGUGAGUCUGCGCUCUCAGGUACUACGUCGGCUUCGGCCUCCCUCACCUUCACCCUUGACUCUGGAGCUUCUCGCUCCUUCUUUCGGGACCGCACCACACUCACGCCGCUUAGUCGGCCGGUUGCGGUGUCUCUGGCUGACCCCUCUGGGGGUCCUGUCCUGUCUCACUUCUCCACAGUCCUCCCGUGUCCGGCGGCUCCCUCUAGCACCCUGUCUGGUCUCUACCUCCCCUCGUUCUCUACGAACCUGGUGAGUAGUGCUGACCUACAGGAUAAGGGAGUACACCAGUUCACUCCUGCGCGUCAGCGGGUGACGCACUGCACAGAGGCUAGCACAGGCCGACACCUGGCUACGUUUACCCGUCAGCCGGGGUCGAGCCUGUACACACUGACCACUGCGUCUCCUCCAGUUGCUGCGUCGGGUCAGGUGUUUGCUGCAGCGUCCAGGGCCCUGGCCCUACCUGUGUCCCCUGUGUCGAGGGGCGCCAGCGGGCUGCCCCUCACUCCUCCCAGUUUCCUCUGA